AUGUCGCUGAAUAUGGCGACGCAGGGACUCGCCAGAUUAUACUCUCGGGAUGGCUUUUCUCAUACGUCCUUCCAGGCAAUCAAUCAAGCAUUGGUAAUCGUCGGGCUGACUACCGGAACCUUCUCGUUGGCCCUAUAUACUUAUACGAGCGUGCGCAUAUCCAGACAAUCCGGCCUUCAUAAUAUAUUCACGAUUACUGCAUGGGUCGUUCUUGCUAUCAUCGCCAUUUUCAUCCCGAUGGUGUGCGUCGCAAAGCUCAGUCUGUUAACCAUCUACUACCGUCUCGACCCGCUGGGAGUCUUCUGGAAAGUGUACAUCUACUCCAUCAGCGUGAUUCUCGUCAUCCCAAGUGUCGUACUGGUUAUCUUAUACAUCUUCGGCUGCCGGCCACUGCAGAUGGCAUGGGACUCGACCAUCACAGAUGGACACUGCGUCGAUCGGUUGACGAUCUUGCUGACCAGUUCCGUGUUUAAUGUGAUUACCGACUUUCUCAUGAUCAUUGCGCCAAUACCAUUAGUUUGGGACUUGCAGAUGCGGCCUUUGCAUAAGGUGGGUGUGGUUCUGAUGUUCUUCCUGGGCUGCAUAACGAUCAUCACGAGCAUCUUUCGCGUCAUUACGGUACACCAUCUCCUCUGGCAAUCAGACCACCCCUACCACAUGGCUACCCCGAUUCUCUGGGCAAAUGCAGAAACCGUUCUGAUUAUCAUCUGCGACUGCCUCCCCUCCUUCCGAAUCUUCCUUCGGCACCACUUCCCCUCAGACAGUGAGACUGAGUCCGGCAGUCUGACACGAACGCCACAAAGCAAUACACAGAAUCCCACAGACCAGGAAUUACGGAGUUGGUUCGAUGACGACAUUGAGCUGAUCCGAAAUAGCGGGCAGACUUCAGAUCCCACGGUCGUCGGUCGGACUAUCAAUAUGGACUUGCAAUAUACCAAGUUCAUAACGAGCGUGACUGUUCACUCAGGGAAUGAUAGGGAUUCGGCUAGAGUUUAG